AUGUUGACUCUCGGCGGGCACCGACCUGUGAGAAUCCGGGUGGGUUGCGCCGGCGUUUACCAUGUGGCGCGGCGCGCACGGCGAGGGCUUGUUCCAUCGCACUUGCCCCUGAGGAGAAGGCUGCUAUUGGAGGCAAAGCGUGCCGGAAGAUCCCCAGCCGCUGGCCUCAACGACAGCGAUGACGAGUCCGCAGAGGCGUCACAGGCCCGCGGCCCCCUCCCUCCUGACGGAGCGGACGACCUGCAAUUCUGGGAGGCCCAGCUGUCCCAGUUGAGCUUUCGGGAGUUGCAGCUGGAGCUCCGAGACCGCGGCCUCAGCGCCGGCGGCCGUAAGGACGAGCUUGUUACACGCCUGGCUGAGGCCCGGCUCCAGGAGAGCAUGAUGGCAUCGGACGGCAGUGAGGAGAACCCCGAUCAGCAACAAGAAGAACAACAACUACUACAAGACGAGGAGGACGUGGAACUAGACGAGGGGGAGCUUUUGGAUGCCGUACUGGACCGUUUGGAGGAAAUGCCGUACAAUGAUCUUCGGCGGAUGUGCGCGCAGCGGGGCCUCGACGUGUCUGGCAAGAAGCCCGAUUUGCAGGAGCGGCUCGCGCAAGAUUUGCUGCAGUCCGGGGAAGAUCUGGAGCCGCUUUUGGGUAUCAGGAACGUGGCCACGGAACUACCAGGGGAGGAGGAGGAGCAGGAGGAGGAGGAAGAGGUGCCUGGCUCUUCUCCGUCCGCACUCCCCGGUCUGUCCGACGACCCCGCCUCGCUGCUUCCGGAGCUGCUUCCUUUGAAGGUUUCGGAGCUGGCCGCCCUCCUGCGGGACUACGGAGCUCCCACCCGGGGCAACAAGCAGGAGCUGGCGAUGCGGCUGGCGGAGUGCAUGGUGGCGGAGGUGAAGAAGGAGAUUGGUGCUGGUCGUGGAGGGACAGUGCCUUCGCGGCAGUACGACGAUGAGGACGAGCAGGAAGAGUACGACGAGGGCGAGGCUGAAGAGGAGGAGGACGUGGUGCAGUUCGACCCGGCGGCGAUUUCCCCUUCAGAUCGCAAAUUGCUGUUGGCCGAGAUAUCGGGGCCACUUUAUCGACAGAAUGUGAACAUGACACGGCAAAAGCUGUUCAAUACUUUGAAGCAGUUGCAGCGCAACCCGAGCUACCAGUCCAAGCCUGUGUUGUUGGACCAGCUGGUCCGUUUCCAAGCAGAGGAGAAACUGGAGGAGGAGAUUAGGGACGCCCAGCUUGAUCCCGCCGCCGCGCGUCGCUUACUGGACCGCUUGGAGGCGUUACGGUCACAACCUCCAGGUUCCUCCACUCAGGCGAUGGAGGGGGAGUCGGGCGACACUGGCGCUGGGUCGCCGCCGCCUCCCAGCACCAUUGAUUACGACCAGAUCGCACCUGUGGAUGUACGGCGAAUGCGAGUGGAAGAUCUUCGCGAUGCACUAAGACACUUUGGCAUGGACAGCUCCGGAAACAAGUACGACAUGCAAGAACGACUUCUCGUGUAUGUGACUAUGCACGGCAAAAGCCGAGGUCGCGGUCGGCCACCUGGUCCUGGAGCCGCUGCUGGCGCGGCUGGCGGUGGUGCCGCCCUCUCGACCCGCGACGCCGAACGCGCAGAGCGCGCCGCCUCAGCUCGAUUAGAGGUGGUCUUGGGCAUGUCUGUUCGGACGUUGCGCGAGGAGCUGGACAAGCUGGGGCUGCCCACUUCGGGCGAUCGCCUGGAGUUGCAGUCCAGGUAUUUGGCAGCUUUACGAAAGACCGGCACACAAGCAGCUUCAGACGCUGGUGCUGCCGGGGCCAAGGACGGGGCGGACGUAGCUGCUGCGGAGGCAGCAGGCCUUCCGCCUUUGGUUUCGGAGGCCGAGGCUGAGGCGCGUCGGUUGGUGGCGUUGGCGGAGCUGCCCGUGGAGCAAAGGGCGGCGGCAGUGGUUUCGGCGCUGAUGGGGGAACCGCAGCGGUUGAUUACGUUGGGCAUGGAGGCGCCCGUUGAUGUGGCCGUGGUGGCGGGUAGCACUCCAGGCCGCCUGGACCUGGCCCAGCGCUCCCUGGAGUCGGCGCGAGCCCUCCUUGACCACUUGUACACCGCCCACAUGCCCUCCCCCAUGGACCAAAUGGUAAGGCCCCAAAGGCCAGAGGCGGCGGAAGAGGAGGCGGCGGAAGGAGAAGCGGCAGCAAACACACAGGAGGCAGGCCGAGAUCGCCGCAAGACCGGAAAAAGCGGCCCGAAGGCGGCAGUGGAGAUAGUGGAGGAGGAAGACCAGCCGGAGCUGGAUGCGACAUUGUCGUACGCGCCGACGGCUGGCGGCGUCGCGCGCCCGCCGCAGGGCGUGGUGGUGUCGGUGUGGUGGCUCGAUGGCGCGACGGGCCAGUCCACGCUGCUGUCGCCGGCGCAGGUGUACGCCGCGACGGCGGCGGAGUUGGCGGCGGGAUGCCUGCCUGCUGUACACCGGGAGCUGCUUGCCGUACCGCCGCCGAGUCCGCUGAGCUUGGACGUGCCGGUGCUGGAUGGACCCGUGCAGCCCACGGCGGCGGCAGCCGCCUCCGCCAGUGGCGGCAGCGGCGGCGGCGGCGGCGGCCCUGUUUUUUUCCCCGACGUGUCUUCCUUGGCCGCACACCUUCGCGGUGCGGCGCAUGUGGUGUUCCCGUCUGUGCCGGUGGGCUCGGAGCUGUACGGAUCUCUGCAGGGGGCGCUGCAGGCGGCGGGAGUGCCGCAUGUGGGCACGGGGGCAGAGGCGGCGGCACUGGCUCAUGACCGCCUCGAGUGCGUCUGGGGGCGUGCGUCCGCGGUUCUUCGUCGGUUGGAAUCGUUGUCGUACCCUGUCGUACCGCAACUGGAGGUUGGCGUGGCGGAUGUUGUGGUGGCGGUACGAGAAGCCGCAGCGCAGCCGCAGCCGCCGCCAGCGGCGGAGCAAGGCGGUGACGACGACGACGACGAGGAGGAGGAGGGGGAGGAUCCCGAAGAUGAGGCGGCGGCGCUAGUGGUGGCGGCUGCUGCUGCGGUGGUUCGCGACAAGGUGUUGGCCUGGUGUACGGAACAGGGUUUCGAUCCCGAGCGGCAGCUCUUUUUGGUCCGUCCACGUCACUCGCUGAGUUCGCCUUCAGCGGCCGACGCCGACACCGCACUUGGCGUUGAGCGAGUGGUUGAGUUGCUGAGCGCACCGCUGACGGAGUCCGUACUAGAAGCCUCCUCCUCCACCUCUUCCUCCACCUCUUCCCGGUAUCGGGAGUCGUUGGCGCUGGAGGCGGCUUCAACGGUUGUGUUGGAGCCGGCACCGGCUUCCACUUCGGCUCGCUUCAUUUGCACCGUGGUGGAAACUCCAGAUGGUCCUGUGGCGUUACUGCCGAGCGAAAUCGAACUGUACGACACUGAGAUUGAGAUUUUGAAGCACAACGCUGAUAUGGCCGAAUGGGCGGCGCUUCGUGAGGGCGCCGACGAUGACCAAGUGGCGGCGGCGCGUUCCGAUUCGCUCGCGAUCGAGCCGGAGUCCUGGCGAGCGGUAUUUGACCCACGGGUCACUAUGCCCGCUAUUUCCUCUGUUCGUCUCCACACGCCGCCACGCUUCAGUCGCAAGCUAACGCAUGCCGUACGGCAUGCCGCGGCUCGGUUGUUUGGCGAGCUUGGGUUGCGAGAUGUGGCGACGGUGGAGGGUUGGGUGGACCUUCCGGCACGGUAUGCGGAUACGGUCGAGGAGACGAUGGGGGGCAAGGGCGAGGAGGUGGAUGACGUGCCGACGUUGUACGACCCGGAUCCGUUUAUUUUGGCGCGGAUCGCGGAGCAGGAGUUGGAACGCAUUGCGGCGGAUCCCGCCCCUCUGGAAGAGUACUACGACUACGGCAGCAGUUGGCAUGCGAACCUGUCGGUGUUUAACCCGGCGAUUCGGCUCAACGGCGCCACCAACGGCGAGGGCGCUACCGUACGAUUCGCUGGCGUGGCGGUGGACCUGCCGCUUGACGGCCGCCACCCUGCCGUACUGCAAGCGGCGGAGGUGGGCCUCCCGCAUGCUGCCUUGCUCCGAAACCUCGCCAAUAAUGCCCUGCGGCGGGCGGCUGUGGCAGGCGACCGCCGGGCGCUCGUCCCAUCGGAGCCGUACAGGUCGCCGGAGGAGGCGCAAGAGGCGGCGGCAGUGGAGGCGAUCCUGGAGGCGGCGUCAGCGGAGGUGCCGCCAGCGGCGGAAGAGUGGGCAGGUCCAGUGGAGGAGGUCGAGGAAGCGGAGGACGGCGCUGAGGGGGCUGCAAUGCUGAAGGAGGUGGAGGAAGCGGAGGAGAGGGCGGAGGAGGAGGAGGACAGGGUGGGGCUGGCGGCGGCGGCAGCGGCGGCGGCGGCGGCGGAACCCUUGGAGGUGGGACCGGAGCCGCUGCAGCUGCCAAUGCCGCCGCAGCUGCCGCUGUACCACACUGCCGUACUACAGCACCUGAGGGAAGCUGACGAGUACGACAUGUGGAUCGAGGAAAUGGAUCCGGAUCAUUGGGAGGAUGCCGACGGGCCAGCAAGGGUCCAGAUGAUGGCCGACGCUGUGGAGGAGCAAAUGGAGGAGGCAACUGGCCUUCCAAGAGGGGUAAGGGGAGGUAGGGGUGUUGGGGGUGUUGGGGAGCUAGUGUUGAGUUAUAGGCGGUACGGCAACGACCCCAACCCUGUUGCGGCGGACAUGGUGUCUGCGGUGGCUCUGGAUGGUCACCGAAUGGCGCUCGAUGCCGCCGUAGAUGCAUUGGGGGAUUUCGGCGACACGUUGUCCGAGAUUAUGAGCUCCAUGCCGCUAGACGAGGCGUUGGAAGCGGAUGCCGAAAUUCCCCUGACCCGCGUAAAGGAGUUGCCGUACCCAGACGAGCGGCUGCCGGACGGCAUCGACGGUACGGCAGCCGAUCCUCGUGUCGUGGCAGCCUGGCAAAUGGCCGCCAUCUGCGAACUGGCGCGGCGACAUGGCUGGGAGGCAGUGGAGGCGGUUGACGCGGAGGAGGAGGAGGCCGAGGCGGCGGCUGCGCGCGCUGCAGCGGGGGUUCCGGAGCCCACUCCGGAGGAGGAGGAGGCUGCUGCUGCCGCGGCUGCCGAGGAGCAAACCGUGUUGGAGGCCAUGUGUGACAACGACGACGAGGUGAUGGAGCUGAGGACUGGGCUCAUUACUCCGGUGCAGCUGUACCUGCGGUUCCGGGAGCGUCAAGCUCGCCGAGCUCCUACCUCACAUCCUCUCGCACUUGCCGGCGGUGUCGCCUCGGCAUCCGCGUCUUCCGCUCCUUCCUCCUACUCUGCUGGCGCCGAGGGCGAGUUCGAGUUCGAGGAGGGUGAAGAGCUUGAGGGCGAGGCUGCCGACGAGGACGAGUACGAAGGCGAGGACGAGGAACAGCUAGGCGAGGAUGAGGAGGGUGAAGAAGGAGAAGAUGAAGAUGAGGUGGUAGAGGCGGCGGGUGAAGUCCAGGUGUUCCUGCCUCAACCCGAGGAUGCGGUGGCUCCGGAGCCGGGCAGCGAGGCGGCGGCGGCGGCGGCCGCCGCGGCGUCGUUUGGUUCCGCCAGCUCGGGACCUGGCCUGGAGGGCCCUACGGCGUACACUUGGAAUUUGCCGCCUGAUGAUGCGGUAGAGCUGCCGGUGUUUGCGAGUGCCGGGCUGACGGCGGCGGCCAUGGCGGUGCAGGCGGCAGUGGACGGGGAGGAGGGCAGUUUGGCGCGGCAGGUCGCGGCGAGCGCGAGGGAGAAGCUGGACGGUGAGGAGCUGGAGGCGUUGGCGAUGAUGGAGCUGGGAUUCGAGGCCACGCCGGUGGAUCGGGACUCGGAAACCGGUUUACCAGUUAUUGCUGCCAUAGGGCCCUCCAUGGACGGCCUAAAUCAGGAGCUCAUCCUGGAUCCAUUCGGAGGCGGACUGGCGGAACUGCCCACAUUCCGGCCGCUUGCAGCUGUUUUGUCGGCGGACAGAAUCGAACCGGCGACCUCUCCAUCCUCAACUGCUACUGCUGAUGGGUUGGACGACGAUGAGCAGAGCGGCGGGCGCGUGGGAUUUGUAGAUUGGGAGGAUGAGGACGGGUUUGCGCACGGGGUGGCACGGGCCGCAGCCGCCGCGUCGUCGACGGCGACUGUACGGCGUGUCCCGGCUUCCACUGCCGACGACGACGUCGCCGGCGGCGAGGACGACGACUACAACGCCGACGACGCUGACGUUGCUGAUGUGGACGCCGACGUCGCCGACGAGGAAGAGGAAGAAGACGAAGAGGAGGAGAUUACGGAUCAUGGGCAGUAUCAUCACCCCACGGUGCCGUUGGUUGCUGAGGCGUUGGCGACGGGUGACUUGGCGGGUGCGGAGCUGGCGGCGCUGGUUCCCCCGAUGAAUCCCACCCGUGUGUGGGUGGUGGUGGGCGGUGAUGGUCACUGGGGUCGCGAGGCCGGUCUACUGGCGGGAGCGAAUGUGAUCUCGAAGCUGUCCAAGUACCAAGACCUCGUGGUUGAGCCCUUCCUGCUGGUGCCCUUGGGGGAGGGCCGGGACACGGAGGCGCGGAGAGCCGAGCUGUUGCGACGUCGUACAGAGUUCAUAGCGGGGCUGGGCAUGGACCCGGAGGAGGACCUGCCCCCGUCUAUGUCGGUUGAUUUGUUGAGGGUGACUCCGCCAAUGGAGACGGGGAGGCCCGAGACGCAGUGUAUCUACGCGGUCACCCUGGCCACAAUUUCCCGGCCAAGUGUCCCGGAGGCCCUUUCCUCCCUGGAGCGCACUGCCGCCCGGGAGGGCGUGGCCCUGCACGCCCUCAGCGAGAUGCAGCGGCAGCAGCGGGCGGUGCAUUGCGACGUGCAGGCGGAGCUGGCGGCGGCGGGAUUAGAGGGUGUUGCCUCCAUGUGGGAUGACAACGUGCUCGGUCAGCCGGGGCCCCCGCCCGCCCGCCCCCUGGACCUGGAUACCUUCGCCGAGGACGCCCGGCGGGAGGGCGCGGUGGUGCUGGUGGCGGGGCGGGGGGAGAUGGCGGAGUGCGGUCACCUACAGGUGCUGCUGGAGCUCAAUGGGGUACCCUGUGUGGGUCCUGGCAGCCAGCAGAUGUCGUGGCUGUGGGACCGAACGGAAGCGGCGGAAAUGCUGCAGGACCUUCACGCUCAGGGUGUGGAUACGCCGCCACGUUUCCUGUUGCCGUACGAGGAUGCCGCGACGGCGGCGGAACUGGACGAGCAACAUGCCGAGGAGCUUAUGGACCGGCUCCGAUCCGAGGUGGUGGAAGAUCCCCCCGAGGGAGUGUCGCUCCUUGUACGACCUGCGUCUGACGUGGCCGGCACUGGCGUCGCGCGGUUACGUUGCGGCGCUGACAUUGUGACGUACAUGACGGCGCUCCGUGACGGCGACGCCAGCAUUCCCGCCGAUACGUUGUCGUACCCGCACGGCGAGAUUCGGCUUCCGCCGCGGCCGCCGCCGGUGCUGUCGUUUGAGUUGUUUGUUGAGACGGAUCCGUUGUUUAUGGUGCUGGCGGCACCGGAGGCGGCGACUGCGGCGGCGGGGGCGGCGGGGGCGGCUGGCGGCGCCGUCGCGGCGGGGCUACACAGCAGGCGGGAGAAAGGCUGGGUGGAGGUGUCGUUUACUCUGAUGGGUCCGCUGGGCGCCAUGAGCUGCUUGCCGCCAGCCAUGCGGGCGGCGUUGGUUUCGGAGGCGGACCUUGCGGAAGCAUCCGAAGUGGACGAGCAAGCCGCCACGGACCUGGCGGCUGCUCGCAAUGCGGCGGCGGAGGCGGCGGCAGCAGUGGAAGCGGCGGUGGCUGGGAGAGCGGGGCCGGAUGAGGGUGAGGGAGGCGAGAACGAGGAGGAUGAAGGCAUGGAGGAGGAUGAGGAGGUUGCGGCGUUGACGGAGGCGGCUGUAGCGGCGGCGCAGGCGGUGGCGCAGCUGCCGCCGCCGGGUGCGGCGUCGGGGGAGCUGCUGGCGCAUGCGCCGUCGACGUGGUUGGCUCCCCCGCCGGAGGAAGCUCUGACGGCGGCGGCUCUGGACGCGGCGUGCAAGCGCGCGGCGUUAAUAGCUGACCGACUCGGACUGCAGGGGUUCGUGCAGAUCGAGGCCUUUGUGGCUUCCGACAGUGGCGAGCUGGCAGUGUACGACAUCAACGGCAGUCCCGACCUGGGGCCGGAUAGCCCCAUCUGGAGGCAAGCCGCCGCCGCAGGACUUCUGCCCCAGGACUUCCUCCGGGAGCUGCUGGGACUGGCCAUCCAGGCGUCCACCUCACCGGAAGGCGUUCGGGCGACGUACGAAGCGCAGUUAGAGGCUGUGGAGCGGGAGGGCUGGGAUCUUGACGAGGACGAGACGUACAACAGUCAGUACGGCGUGGACGACGAAGAGGGGGAGCUGCGUGCACGCGGCGAUGACGAGGACGAUGAGGAUGUGGAAAGCGAGGGGGGCCGGGGUGGGCUGGGCGAUGAGGGGGAUGGUGAGGAGUAUGAUAUGUUGGGGCAGUUAGAGGAGAUGCGGGCGGGCGCGGGCGCGGAGGAGGAGGAGGAGGGCGGGGACGGCUGUUUGGCGCGGGAAGAUGGCAAGAGGUUGGGCUGGUUGGGGCCCUAAGUUGCAGCCUCAUCAGCCGGCGGCCUGAGGGGGGCCCCCAGCAUUGGUCUCUCCUCCUCAUCCUCGCACCCACUUAAAACCUAAAACUUUAAGUGGUGUUGUUGCGGCUGCAGCUGCUCUAUCAGCACUGGUGCUACCCAGUACAGUAUUAUACAUACAGACAUACGUACAUAUAUAGGUCAGGCACUACUGGUAGAGCACGUACUUAUGCAACCGGAGAUUCCGGAAUCGAGACCUGUCAGGGUCGGACAAUCUUUCCGAUGGUGGAAGUGGUGGAAAGUGCCCCUAGGUGAUGAACGGUGGUGACCUGGGAUAAAGAAUUAGACCUGCGAGCUGACCAGGAAUGGAGUUGAGCCGCCGUCGAUCCGACAGAGUCCUUUGGAUGCCGGUGGUAGGUGCUGAACCUGAGCUAUCCACUGAGAAGUUGACUAGGGUGACUAGAUGAGGGUGCCCCGAAAUACCGGGGAAGGCAGGGUUUCGCCUGGUAGCGGCCACGGGUG